AUGGCCAAACGACAAGGUCAAUGCCUGAAUAGGUCACAAAACAGCAUUGUUUUAUUCUUCAUUUUUCUCUUCGGGUUCUUCACUGAUGGUGUAGCAGCAUGGUAUCAGUUAAACUUGUUCAAGGACCGGAGUGACUGGUGGUCGCGGCCUGACAUCACCUCUCCGGCCGAGAUACUGGUAAAAGAGAGCAGUGGGUACGUAUGCAUUGCAGCCAAUAGGCCGAUUGAAAACACUGCGAUGGACGCAGUUGUAGUCUGGAAUCGUCCAGAGCUUAGAGGCACAAAUGUAAGGGCAGUAGCUUUUUACAACGGCCAGAACUGUGGUGCAAGCCCAGAUCCUAAUACUGGGGAACUACCGCUGCCAUCCGCCAUUUUAGUGCUGAGCUCGGAUAAUCCCUAUGGAGUAUCAGCAUUUACUCUCGCGUCUCAAAACCUCGAGUUUCUCUGGGGAAGUUAUCAAGCUUUUGAUUUACGGGGCGAGUACCACCCGGGGAGGAUUCUCGCCCAAUUUGUCGAAGAAAAUCUUUCGGGUACCGUCAUCCUGAAGGAUCCGAAUCCUGCCGAUCCAAGUAAACCGUAUAAGACACCGGUAAAGGCACUGAGGAUUCUCAAAGAAGACCAAUUUCAACCUCUGACAAAAACAGUGGAUAUAAAUGCGUUAAUGAGACAGGCAGGAGAAACAGCACUUUUGUCCACGGAAGAAACGAAGUCUGAACUGGUACGAAGCGUGACUAGGCUUUUGAUGGAGAAGCUACUUCAGGAUAUUGCGACGGAAAAGGCGAGAGGAGAGGAGAUUCGAAGACGCCUAGCCGCAACAUCAGCUGCAGCGGAAGGAACCUUUGGGGGGACAAUGGGGAGCGCUACCAACGCAGCCACAGGCUCGGUGGCUGGUAGCCAAUUGGCUUCAGACGUUCGGGGAUCCAACAAUGUAAAUCUGGCGCAGACGUCUCUAAACAAUCCUAGUUCCAUGAAUUUUCCUUUGCCGGGGGGCCAACCAUAUCCGGGACAUAGCUCGAAUGUGCAACCUGGUGGGAAUACAUUACAAAAUCCAUCUCAGCCUUCAAGCCAGCGGGGACAGCAAUACUCGUCGUAUAUCAAUGUUCCGAGCUCCCAGGGCUUGCAGGGUAAUAUUCCCCAAUAUUACACGCAGGAUCUUGGUACCCCGCCACCAAAUACAGCAUCUCAAAGAAUUAACCCCAGCGUCGGUGCAGGUGGUAAUAUUUAUCCUUCGACCGGGGGAACUCAACGACCGAUAGCAAUAAACCCUAGGCAGAGUUCAGCACUAGGGGCACGAUCUAGUCCGAGUAAUCCUUCAACAGCCAAUAUGAUGGCGGAAGUCCCCACUACUGAGAGCAAUCGUCAAAAUACAAUACCGGGUAUAGCUAGACAAGGGCAACCCGAACAACCGAAUACAUAUAUUUUACCAAGACAAGGACCGAUUCCGCUUCAUCCUGAUCUGAUCGGCGCUUUAGUCAGAGGCGACGACCCUAGAAUACUGGACGCAAGGGGAGUCGACAUGAAUGGUAUAUUGCAGACCUACUACCCACAAUCUGACAAACAUAAGUGGCUCGAGACAUUCAAAGUAUUCAAAAGGAAUGUAGACAAGGCUGUUGCGGUAGCACAGCAGCUUUUUGAGCUCGGUGAGCGGGGUGGAGUUCCGCCUCCGGGAUAUCGUCCUAAUCAAGGUUUAGCACAUGGAUCCCAAAGAAUGGAAGGAAUUCCGCAGACUCAAAACCUCCCCCCAAAUGGUUCUGCAAAUCAGCCCCCAACCUGGGGACAGUCUCAGCCAAGGGGUGGCCAAUAUCCAAAUAAUGAAGCCGCACAAGUUGGAAGCCAACCUAAUACAAGCCAACAGUCAGCCGCCUUCAAUGUAGGAUCGAAUUUAGCGGGGGGCUAUCGUCCGGGCCAAAUGCAAAUGGAAGCUCCUCAGCAAAACUCAGGAGGGGAACAACAGGCACCUAAUACUCAGAACCGACAACCAUACAUAUCCGAGGGCCCUACAAGUGCUAGAACUGAUCCAUAUGCACAGAUACAAACAGCGCCAUUAGGUGCAGGUCGCCAAAUGGAGCAAGCUGAUUCUCGUGGACAACUAAUAGCGAGACAGCAAAUGCAACAAUCGCAGCCGCCGGCGGUAAAUCCGAACCUUUCGCAAGGGCAAGAUAGCUACCUAGGGAGGAUCCCGAGCACACAGCCUCAAACCACAUCGAAUAUAAACCCGCAAGUAGAUUUACCGCAAGUCUCUGACGAUGAACAAGAUCGAACUAGGAACAAUCUUCAAAACCCGGAACGUCGUGGAAUGCUAGUUGAAGGGCCAGGAAUUGAACCACUUUCGACCCCAGGUGUUUAUAGAUUGGGCCUACCGACUAGGAACGACCAUCAAAGCGUACCCUUAUCUGAACCAUUUAUGAUCGGGCGACCGCCGCAAGAUACAGGUGGUACGCAAAAUAUCCCACGCCCGGAAACGGAGGCUAUUGUGGCAUCGAAUCGACAAAACCCAUUCGGAGGAGGCUCGAUUCAGCCUCGAAUUAAUAAUGUUCAGUGGAUGCAAGGGCAGGCAGCCCCACUUAGAAAACAGCCGGCGCAAGCAGAGCAGCCUCGUUCAAGGAGUGGCGUAGCUCCUGGUGCUCAAAAUAUCGCUGGAGAGCAAGUAACGGGGGAGCCUGUGUCAUCUAGGUAUCCUCAGGCUUCCUUUAACACAAACCCGAACACAUCUCAAGAACCUCGGAUGCAAGAGGAACCAACAGAAUCGACGUUACCAAUUCAAGGCCAGGAGGGACUUCAAAUGCCUUCUAACAUUGCACCGGAGUAUCGAGAAAUUCCCACUGCAGGGCAACAACUUCAGCAAGGAGGUCAAAACCAAGAGGAAUAUGUUCCAUCCCCCGAUGUAAUAUUCCCGGAUUGGAGCGAGGAAUUCGUAGCACCUGAAUUAGAUACUUCAAGUAGUGAGGACGAAACAGAACUUGAACAUGUACAGCCGACUUUUGGUGUUGCUGGUGAUAGGGUGCCGCGAAUCGUAGGGCAAAACGAAGAUGUCCCGGAACCCUUAGAGAAUCCUGGAAACAUACCUGCCAUGUUUCAACGGGCGUCACCCUCCAACUUUAAUACGGGUCCACCGGGGCAGAUACCGGUUCGAAACAAUCAGCGCCUACUAAAUAGGCCUUCAGUUGGCCAGUUGCGCCCUUCCCGAGGAGGGACUGGGUCAUCCAGGGUCGAGCAGAGCGAUUCAUCUCUAGAUCCCUCUCCAGCUAGAGAUGAAGAACAACAAGGACGAGGAAUAAACCCGAGUAUAGCGCGGCAGCCCAACCUUGUGGCUGCAACCGGUUCAAGUGAGCCGGAGGCUGAAGUAUUUGAAGCGUCAGGUAUUGAAGAGGAAGGGAACCAAGAGUCCAACAUUGGCCAAGAAGUUAUCGAACUUGACCAGAGACCAGAUAUCUUUGACAGAAACCAGGAACUGAGCCCUGAGGUGGUCCCUUUCCAGUACAUUCAAGAAGAACUAACCCCAGCAUCCGCUCAAUCGGUCAUCGAUGAGGUUAGUGGGGAUAUACCCCAACUUGGUGCCCAGCAAGAAACCACAGGUCGGCAAGUCACCACCCCAGGUCGACAAGUCACCACCCCAGGUCGACAAUUCGCUACCCCAGAACUGAACCUAGAGAGUUACCCUGAUCGAGAAUUUCAAGAUAUGGUCUGUGAUAUAAUAUGGGGCAAACCAUUUUCGUCAGGAACAAACCUAAACUCAUUAUUUUCUGGGAGAGGUAGUCAUAUAUUGCCAGGGGUGCGCAAUCCGGCGAUCAGUGAUGAACAACUUUUACGCCCUCCCCCGAUGAGGCGGCCACCCCAGGGUAUUCAGAUCACUCAUCCGAAUUUAAAGGACCCCAAUGUGGUGGAACUUGAUCUAGCGCACACAUAUUCCAGGAUUUUAUCCCAAUUACAAAAGACUGCUGAGUCCCAGAGACAACCAAACGCUGAGAAAAUUCCAGGAUAUAUAACACCGCAAUUCCUGCGCUCUCUCAUACCAAAUCCAGCAGUUAAUCCUUUUUCGGAAGAAGAUAACAAUCCAUUAUUCCCAUCCGCCUUUACUAAAAGCUUAAAUCCUGACUUAACACGAGAACAAAUCUGGGACAGACCGUACGAAUACACUGAUCCCAUGUUGGACAAAGAAUUUACGCAACAGCAGCUACGAGAAGAGAAAGAAAGGAGAGAAAAUGAACUACUUUCCGACCCUUUGAACGCCUGGCGGGCUCAAUUGAAAGCUAUGGCGAGGUUCCAACAACGGAGGAGGCCGAAGCCAGGAGAUAUUCGUUCUUGGGCUGGACCUCAGUUUUUAAAUCAAGAGUCGAGUCCAAGAUUUGAUAGUAGUAUGAUUGUAACGGAGGAGCAGAUGGACGCUUUAGAGAAUCCCCAAGACUAUGAUUGGGGGUGGGAUGAUGCCGAAGAUAGCUUGGUGGUGAAGAAAAGGAAGAUGAAUCCUUCGUAG